UGCUUUAAAAUUUUGGUCAUUCUUUUUCCGGUCGUCGACUCGUGCGGAUGUGCUUUUAAUUUAACCGCAACCUUUUCAGCUGAAUAUAAAAUCUAUUGUGUGUGUGUGUAAAGUGGAAAAAUAUUAAAUAUGGAUGGUGGUAUUAAAGCUGAUGGAGUUAAUGGAGCUGCUCCAUUGCCACAAAGAGCUCAAAAGAAUAAUCCCCAAGGUAAUAAAAAGCCAAUUAUGAAUGCUCAGCAGCAAAAGCAGAAUGAUCAUAAUGAAGGAGCGCCUGCUGAGAAAAAAGCACGUUUUAACCAAGGUGGUGGUCCCAACCAAAAUCAAGGCGGUAAUAUGAAUAAAGGAUUUGGUAAUCAGAACAGAGGAGGCUUUGGAAAUCGUAAUAACAAUCGCAAUCAGCAAAAUCAAAACCAAAAUCGUGGAAAUCAGAAUCACAACCAAAGCCAAAACCAAGGAAACCAAAAUCAGAAUCAGCAAAACCAGAAUAAACCGAAUCAACCAAAUCAACCAAAUCAAUCAAAUCAAAAUCAACAGAACCAGCAGAAUCAGCAAAAUCAAGAUGCUUCAAAGCCCCCUGUUGAUGGAAAUCAGGGUGCAGCUAAAAAGGAUGUAGCACCUGUGCCACAACCGUCCACUCAACAACAGCAGUCACAACAACCGCAACCACAACAACAACAGCCGCAGCUUCAGAAUCAGCAAAGAAACCAACAACAUAAUCAAAAUCAGAACAUGAACAACCAAAAUUCGAACAUGAAUAUGAACCAACACCAGAAUCGCAAUCGCGGCGGUGGAGGUGGUGGUAACAGCGGCGGUAACCAAGGAGGAGGUCUCGGUGGCAAUCAAGGAGGCCAGAAUAGAGAUCGUAGCCGUGGAGGCCGCGGUGGUCAAGGUGGUGGAGGUGGUGGUAACCAAGGCAAUGGUCCAUACAACAGAAGUGAUGAAUUUUUUAUUGGCCAACGGAUUCGUGCAAUCGGCGGACCGACACAUGAAUUGCCACCAGUUGAGUCAACUGAAGAACCCAAGUUCUCUGGUCGGAAUCGUUUAUAUGUUGGAAAUCUUACCAAUGAUAUAACAGAGAACGAACUUCGAGAAAUGUUUAAACCAUAUGGAGAUAUCGGAGAAAUAUUUUGUAAUAAUGAAAAAAAUUUCACAUUCCUUAAAGUAGAUUUUCAUGCUAAUGCGCAGCGUGCUAAACGUGAAUUGGAUGGUACUAAUCGUAAAGGUCGGCAACUGCGUGUCCGUUUUGCACCAAAUGCAACAAUACUACGUGUAAAAAAUCUCACGCCAUUCGUGUCCAAUGAACUACUUUACAGAUCAUUUGAAAUUUUUGGACCUAUUGAACGCGCUAACGUUGUUGUUGAUGAUCGUGGUAAAUCUACAGGCGAAGGCGUAGUUGAAUUUGCUAAAAAAUCUUCAGCUAACGUAUGUCUACGCUUUUGCAAUGAAAAAUGCUUUUUCCUUACUGCAUCACUUCGUCCUUGCGUAGUUGAACCAUUUGAAGUUAAUGAAGAUGACGAUGGUUUGCCAGAUAAAUCAUUAAAUAAAAAAUCGCCAGAAUUCCAUCAUGAGCGUGGUAUCGGACCACGUUUUGCUGAAUUAGGUUCUUUCGAACACGAAUAUGGUACCAGGUGGAAGCAAUUGUAUGAAUUAUUCAGAACAAAACAAGAAGCUCUGAAACGUGAACUGAAAAUGGAAGAAGAAAAGCUGGAAGCUCAAAUGGAAUAUGCACGAUAUGAACAUGAAACAGAGCUGCUUCGCCAAGAAUUACGGAAACGCGAGUCAGACAAUGAGCGAAAGAAGAUGGAGUGGGAAAUGCGCGAAAAGCAAGCUGAGGAUAUGCGCAAACGUGAUGAAGAGAAUUUGCGUCGUCAGCAAAGUGAAAUGCAGUCGCGUAUGAUGCGACAAGAAGAAGAAAUGCGUCGCCGUCAACAAGAAAACACAUUGUUUAUGCAAGCCCAGCAACUUAACUCGUUGCUCGAUCAACAAGAAGGCUUCGGUGGCAACAAUAAUGGAGGUAAUAAUUUCGACACUUUUGGUCGAGCAUCCAACAAUUCACCAUUUGAAUUCAGGGAUCCAAUUUCUGCUCUUUUAGGCAAUGCCGGAGGUAACAACAAUAGCGGUAGUGGCAAUGGUCCAAGCAAUCCACAGAAUAAUCGUAAUUGGGUAACAAACAACCAAAAGAGAAAAGAUUCUGGUAUUAACACUACAGUCCAACCUCUGAAAGAACCAGAAGCACCACCACCGCCAGCAUUUCAUGUGAAACGAAAUGAUGUGGCCGGCAUACCUGCGGAAAUCAAUUGGGAUCUAGUCAAAGAUCUCUUGUUAUCUUCAAUGCAAUGCUGAUCGAGUGUGAACCCAACAGCAUUUGGUUUUAAUAAGUAGAUGUGGUCUCUUAUGAUAAUUCUUCCAAAAUGAUACACAUAUGGACCAGUGUAAAUAUUCGAGGCGAACCUUAAACCAGUAUUUUUUGAUUGUGAGGAAGAAGUAUUAAGUUUUAUUCCCGAUACCUGUAAAUAUAACAAAUUUAACGUCCAUUCCAAUAAAUUGUUAAAUACUUUAUGGGCGAGCUGAGGAAGUGGUGAAUACUCGCUUCUAUUGAGCAAUGGAAAAUGAUACUUCGUCAACAUGCAUAUAUCGGAUAACUGCAAGCAAGAGAGAAGUGCAUAAUAACAUUGCAGUUGCUGUUUCCACUAAAUAGUUGAAAGGAACCAUCAAUUUGCUUAUUGUGCGGAAACCAGCUAAUAUAAUGCAUGUGUUGUUUGUGUCCGAUGAAUGGAAUGAAUGUUGCAUGCACCGCACUUUUGUUGAAAAACAAAUAAAAAUAUGCAAAUUUAUCCUUUUAAAAUUUCUUUCCAUACAAAGAAAGUGUAUGGUAUUCCGAAAUUAUUGAAAAUUUCUAAUACUUUACGUAAUGGUUUAAACUAGUAGUGAAAAUUGUAAAUAUAUAUCUGUAGUUAAUAUAUGUUAUAAGUACACUUUUGUAUGCAAUUGUAAUGAAAUAUUGCAAAAUAUCUACCAUGCUUUUUUUAAAUACAUAAUAAGUAAUAAAAUGAGUUAAUUCAAGAAAUUUUACUUUAAAUGUGUGCAGUAACAUUCAUUCAUCAUCAGCAUUGCACGCAGUGCAGAUCAUUUGUGAUAAACUGAGUCAGGUAUGUUAAAUCUAUUACUAAAUUUUAUUGAUUUUAAUCUGCAGUGUAAGAAGUUACACUUUUUUUUGGGUGGUUUGGAUAUUUUACUUUUUAAUAAAGCCAUUCAUCAUAAACAGGUAUGUCAAUGCAAGGCAAACAAGGGGAUUAGCUAGCAACAUUUCAACUUAAUAAAAUUUUUAUUUUAAGUAAUAAGAAAUAAAGAAUAUGAUUUAUUAAAAAA